UUGUUGAGUCCUGCGGUGAUGAACCAGAUCUGAUUCUGACUGCUGCAGUGUGUCUCUGGAGAAACAUGGGGGAAGCGGAGACUCUGCCAUCCGACGACAAACAAGCAGAAACCGGCAUCUGCAUCGCCGAGGAAUCCAUCGUAUGGAGUCAAGAAGUAGAAGUGUGUCUUUUUCACGCAAUGCUGGGUCAUAAACCCGUCGGAGUGAAUCGUCAUUUCCACAUGAUCUGUAUUCGUGAUAAGUUCAGUCAGAACAUCGGCAGGCAGGUGUCCUCUAAAGUCAUCUGGGAUCACCUGAGCACCAUGUACGACAUGCAGGCGCUGCAUGAAUCAGAAAUACUCCCGUUUCCAAACUCGGAGAAGAGCUUUGUGCUGCCUGAAGAGAUCAUACAGGAAGUCAAGGAAGGUAAAGUGGGGUCUGAAGACGAAGUAAAAGAGGAAUUCAAAGAAGAGAGUGACCCACCUGCAACACACGAAGAAGGUCUGGGUCCCAGUAUGGCUGGCCAGGAUUUUGCGAGGUAUGGACAGAAGAAAACAUUUCGCUCUGUUCCAAAGCUCCAGCUUGAGCUCAGUACAGACCAGCUCAUUACCAGAGGCCUCUGUAGACAGCCUUCAGAGACCUCUGACCAUCAAUUCCUCGGUGAAGAUGUCGGAGAGGUCGGGCAGCGGGCGCGAGAAAGAGAAAGAGCGAGCCGAGAGGGGGGGCUCAGGUGAGACAGGCAGCGGGUCGAAAGAAUCAUCCGGGGAAAAGAGGAAGAGGAGUCGAGCCGUGGAGAAGGUGAUGAACUCCAGCAACCCCUCCAGCCCCGGAGGAGCCAAGCGCCGCAGGACGUAGACGCAGCAUGCAGCAGGACGACUUGGGACAUCAGACAUUUGAAAAGAACUGACGGAGAAAGGUGUAGCUAAUAUUGGUCUUGCUAGAGCCAAUGUGGAAGUGAAAUUACAUGGAGAGCAGGGGAUGUGAUGUUCGUGUGUGUUAUCUGCAGUCCAGAGGUUCACUGCGAGAGACGUUCCUGUGCUGUUCACAGACAGACGGUGGACAUACAGAGAAAGGAAAGUCUUGUGGCUGUGUAGGAUAUGACUAGACUGAUGGGGAAAGUAUGAUAAACUAAUAAGCUUUCCUCUGCUGAGUUUGGAAAUUUUUUUUUUUUUUUUUUUUUUUUUAAGAUUUGUGGGAAUUUUAAGUGGUAGCUUUAUUUUAUUUUUGUCAGUUCUUGAGACGGACCAGAGUAUCAACUAGUUUGUUGUGUGAUUUAUUAGGGCUUACACCGCAAAUAAGCUGAGCUAGACAUGUUAUUACGUAACUGUUUAAAAUAACCUGAUUGUAUUAGCCAUUGGUCAUUGAUCAAAUGCAUCGUGAAUAGUGAUGGUAUUUGGUUUCUUAGUUAUGCUUGUUUUACAUUUCUGACCAAACAUGUUAAACACAUCAGGAGGAUGUCCCUGAUUAAAAAAAUAAU